AUGGCAACAACGUCGGCCGAAGGUCUAUAUGGCUUCCUUAAAGCCAUGGGCAUUGAAGAUCCGAGCUUUGUGUCGGCGAAACCAGAACUUUAUAGCAAUCCACUUGCAAUCUACUUCUCGCAUCUGACGGAACUCAUCGUCCAACUCACGGAUUGUGAAAAGCAUAUCGCCUACAAGUCAAUUGUAUGGGCAAGUGAUAUGACCCAUCUGGUGGUUGUGGCGCCUCGUCUUCGACUCAAGGGCGUCGAUUCCGAAGACCUCGCCGCCGACUUACAGCAAAGGUUCCCAGCUUCACCUCUCUUUGGACAUCCCGUCAACGAUGGGAUCAACCUCUUGUUUUACUUUUCGAACACCAACCUCGCCCAUUUACUUCUCUCCUAUGUCAUUGACCGUGGCUCUUCAUAUGGCAAUAAUCUGUUUACCGAAAUCCCAGCCGAAAAUGGAGUAGGGGCAAAGGGGCAAAAGGUCAUCGUUGAGUUUUCAUCGCCAAACCUUGGGAAAGCGUUCACUGGCCUCCACCUGAGAAGUACAAUCGUUGGUACAUUCGUCGCCUCUAUCUACGAAAGGCUGGGUUGGGACGUGACCAGGAUGACAUUUCUCGGUGACUGGGGCAAGCAUGUUGGACUUCUGGCGGCAGGCUGGGCGCGGUUUGGGUCCGACGAGCAAUUCGAGGCUGAUCCCCUACGACAUCUGCUUGACGUGUAUAACCAGAUUGAAGACCUCUUCAAAAAAGAGCAGGAGGCUGCGAAGAAUAUUUCUGACGGGCAAGACGUCACCGACGUGAGCCACGAGAUUGAAGCAGAGAGAGACGACUUUUUCAAAAAACUGGAGGACGGCGAUGAGGAUGCUCUUGCCUUGUGGAGAAAGUUCCGCGAGGUCUGCAUUGCACGGUAUACCGAACUCUACGCACGCCUCGGCGUCAGGUUUGACGAUUACUCGGGUGAAUCGGAUGUCUCUCACGAAGCCAUCGAAGAGGUCGAAAAUGCAUUGAAGGAGAAGGGUGUGUAUAGGGAGAGCGAUGGCGCUUGGGUGAUUGAUAUCAAUAGGAACGACGAAAAGCACGGGUCGGCUAUUGCGCGGUUCCGUAAUGGCACGACGACUUAUUUACUAAGGGAUGUUGCCGCGGUCCUUGAGCGGAGCAAGAAAUAUUCUUUCGACAAGAUGAUUUAUGUGGUCUCGGUACGACAGACUACACAUUUUCAGCAAGUGUUUAAGGUCCUCGACUUGAUGGACCGCUCCGACCUGGCGCAACGACUCGAUCACAUCGGCUUCGGCGACGUACAUGGUCUCUUGCCGAAGGAAGGGACAAGUGGCCUUCUCUUGGGUGACAUGCUAGAUCAAUGUCGCGAUGCAACCAAGCUGGCGCUGGACGCAGAUGAAGAGACAGCCCAGCUGUUUUCAGGGGACGACCCGUCGCACGCUCUGGAUGCCUUGGGUGCCACCAAUCUUAUGGUGGACGAUCUAUCAACCAAACGCGGCGGUGUGUUCAACUUUGACCUCACCAAUCUGGCCAACGAAGGAGACUAUACUGGCCUGAACCUGCAAAAGUGGUAUACAAAGGUUGGCUCGAAACUCCGCAGCGUCGAGAUCGAUCGUGCAGAGCUGGAAAGUGCAGAUUACAGCGUGUUCGAAGGUGAGGACAAUACCUAUGCCGACAUUCUCAGGCUCCUCGUCCAGUUCCCGGAUAUCAUGAAGACAUCCUUUGAGAGGCUGGAGUCGUCUCAGGUUUUGACAUUCCUAUUCAACAUCAUUGACCUCUUGCCAAACACCUGGGAGGCCGAGGCCGAGGCUGCAGACUCCACUCCGAGCCUUGCCAAAUUGGCCUUCUACAAAUGCUGCCACAUCGUGUUGGAAAACGGGAUGAGGGCUCUGGGGCUGAUGUCUCUGACGGAUUGA